AUGGCGAAGGACAAGCCCCCGAGCCGAGGGCCCAAGAUCCCGGACGACGUGGACGCCCCGCCCGCCGGCGGCAAGCGCAAGCCGUCGUCCCAGGGGAGGAAGACCAAGACCAAGACCAAGUCGAAGCAAAAGAGCGGGGGCCUCGAUCCCAUCGUGUGCAUCGGCAUCGGCGCCGCGCUGGUGCCGCUGGUGCGGGGGAUCGUCCGCGCGAUCAGGAAUAGGCAGAACGGCGGCGGCGACGGCGAGGGAGGCUCACGCAGCGCGUUUAGCUUUGACAAGAAGGGGAAGAAGGGGAAGGCGAAGGGCGGCGGAAAGAGCGCGUCGGGCGGCGGGGAGGGCGGCAUCCGCAGGCCCCCGGGCGCGGCGUCGCCGAGCGGCAUGCCCCGCAGCGGUAAGAUGGCCAACAAUAAAAAGGCCAAGGCCAAGUCCAAGGAGCGGAAGGAGCGUCAAAAGGCGGAGGCGGAGGCGGAGAAGCACCGGCCGGGGCAGCUCCCGAAGGUUGGAGACAGGCUGCCCAACGGGAAGGUCGUCGUGAAGGAGGGUAACAACGUGCCGAAGGACGAGGACAUCGUGGGAGGCGAGGCGGGCAAGACGUUCACGACGACGUCACACCUCAAGGUGCCCACGUGGUACGCCAGAGUCCGGGAGGAGAGAGGGAACGACUGAUGA